AUGCUGCAGCACCAGAACGGCGUAACGCUCUUGGACGUUUGCGAUAUCUUCGACGAACUGAUCGCCAUCUACCCUACGGUCUCUAACUACCUCGACGCAGACGCGGAUAUUGUCAAGAACCCCGAGUUCGAAGCCGCAUGCACAGCGAAGAUGGGCUUUGCGGACCGCGUGAUGAAAAAGCGGAAGAUCGAGCACAAGCAGCAGGCGACAUUCCCCGCCGUCAAGUUCGUCCCGCCAACCUCGAACUGCGUGGAGAGGUUCUUCAGUCGCGCUAAGCAUACGCUCUCGCACCAUCGCCACGGGAUGCUGCCAGUGAACCUCGAGGCAGUUCUCUUUUUGAAGGAGAAUAGGCGCUUUUGGGGCGCCAACACGGUAGUGAAGGAAGUUAAGUCGACUUCGCAAUAA